AGAAACCCUCACAGGCGACUAAAACCCCCAAUCUCACUUCUUCCUGUGUAGACUCAAAAUGGCUUCCGUCGCUCUUCGUAACCCUACCUCGAAGCGGAUUCUUCCCUUCUCCUCUCAGAUCUACUCGCGCUGCGGUGGCUCCAUUUCUUCUCCUCCUCCCUCGAUCUCGCAUUCAAUCGGAGGAGAUGAUCUGUCUCCUCCGUCAAGUUUCGGAGCUUCUCUGUGGAGAUCGAUGGCUACUUUUACUCGAAAUAAACCUCAUGUGAAUGUGGGAACGAUUGGGCAUGUGGAUCACGGGAAGACUACGUUGACUGCUGCAAUCACAAAGGUUCUUGCGGAAGAGGGCAAAGCGAAAGCUAUUGCCUUUGAUGAAAUUGAUAAAGCUCCUGAAGAGAAGAAGAGAGGGAUUACUAUUGCUACGGCUCAUGUGGAGUAUGAGACUGCUAAGCGUCACUAUGCUCAUGUGGAUUGUCCUGGUCACGCUGAUUAUGUUAAAAAUAUGAUUACUGGAGCUGCGCAAAUGGAUGGUGGGAUUCUUGUGGUUUCAGGUCCUGAUGGACCCAUGCCUCAGACAAAGGAACACAUUCUACUUGCACGUCAGGUUGGUGUUCCAUCACUUGUGUGCUUCCUGAACAAAGUCGAUGUGGUGGAUGAUCCGGAGUUGCUGGAGCUUGUAGAGAUGGAACUGCGUGAACUUCUCAGCUUCUACAAGUUUCCAGGGGAUGAUAUUCCCAUCAUCAGGGGAUCUGCUCUGUCUGCACUGCAGGGCACUAACGAUGAAAUAGGAAGGCAAGCUAUAUUGAAGCUAAUGGACGCUGUUGAUGAAUACAUACCAGACCCUGUUCGUGUGCUGGACAAGCCUUUCUUGAUGCCAAUUGAAGAUGUUUUCUCGAUUCAGGGACGUGGAACUGUUGCAACGGGUCGGAUUGAACAAGGAGUCAUCAAAGUGGGUGAAGAAGUCGAGAUAUUGGGUUUAAAAGACGGACCUCCAAUGAAAUCCACUGUAACUGGGGUCGAGAUGUUCAAGAAGAUUUUGGAUAAUGGACAGGCUGGUGAUAAUGUAGGACUUCUUCUUCGUGGGCUAAAGAGAGAAGACAUCCAGCGUGGAAUGGUAAUUGCUAAGCCUGGCUCAUGCAAGACAUACAAGAAGUUUGAAGCAGAGAUUUAUGUGCUCACAAAGGACGAAGGUGGACGUCACACUGCUUUUCUCUCCAACUACAGGCCUCAGUUUUACUUGAGGACUGCAGAUAUCACGGGAAGAGUAGAGUUACCAGAAGAAGUGAAGAUGGUUAUGCCUGGUGACAAUGUCACUGCAGUUUUCGAGCUUAUCAUGCCUGUCCCACUCGAAAUAGGUCAAAGAUUUGCUCUGAGGGAAGGAGGUAGAACAGUUGGAGCUGGUGUUGUGUCAAAAGUGAUGACUUAGGGAGUUCUCAAAAGGCACAUUCUUACGUUCUCUCUAGGAACCCAUCAGUGAUGUGUUUUGUUUCCUUUUGGUUUCACUGCUUUGAAAUAACACAGAAACAUAUCUUAAGUUUCCAUCGAGAAGAUUAGUAUUUUCUGCAAUUGUUUAGUAUUUUAAUAUGUUUUGAGUCUUAAUUAUACCACUUGAACCGCACGGCCGUGCGGGUAUCUGUUUUUUUACUUUACUAUUUAAAUGUUUAUUGGUUAGUAUUUUAAACA